AGCCCUGGAAACCAGGAAGUGAGCGUAGAAGAGCUCGCCCAUCUAGCAAUUUUCAGCUAUAGCUUAGUUUGGUUUAAAGCCAGCAGACAACAUGGGUCUAUUUGGCAGGACUCCGGAUAAACCCCCCAAAGAGCUUAUCAAUGAGUGGUCUCAAAAAAUUAGGAAGGAGAUGCGAGUGAUUGACAGACAAAUCCGAGACAUCCAGAGAGAAGAGGAAAAAGUGAAACGAUCCAUCAAAGAUGCUGCCAAAAAGGGACAGAAAGAUGUUUGUGUGAUCCUCGCAAAGGAGAUGAUUCAGUCGAAACGGGCCGUCACAAAACUAUAUGCAUCCAAAGCUCAGAUGAACUCUGUACUCUUGAGCAUGAAGAAUCAACUGGCUGUGGUUCGUGUUGCUGGCGCCUUGCAGAAGAGCACAGACGUCAUGAAAGCCAUGCAGAAUCUAGUGAAAAUCCCAGAGAUCCAGGCCACAAUGCGGGAGCUGUCAAAAGAGAUGAUGAAGGCUGGAAUCAUUGAGGAAAUGCUGGAGGACACAUUUGAGAGCAUGGAAGAUGGAGAAGAGAUGGAGGAAGCAGCAGAGGAAGAGGUUGACAAGAUCCUCUUUGAGAUUACAGCAGGGGCUCUUGGUAAAGCUCCAAGCAAAGUCACAGAUGCCCUUCCAGAUCUUCAGCCGGCUGGAGCGACUGCUGCUUCAGACGAAGAGUCGGAGGAGGAGGACAUUGAAGCCAUGCAGUCCAGACUGGCAGCUCUGAGGAGCUAAAGUACUGCAGGUGUUGGAGUCAGUUUGCACGGGGACAGAAACAGUGCUGAGCAUCCUCCGCUCCAUGCUCUGGUUUUACAUUUUCAUCUGGGUUAACAUUGUGCUACAGCAGUUAAGGUGCUGUUGUUUAUUUUUAUCCGACCUAGUAAAAGGGUGGUGUUUUCUGUUAUCUGCAGUGACUUUAGCGACGUCUUUAUUCUCCAAAGUCAAUCAGAAGGUUUAUGGAGGUGUAUAUAAUGUAAGUAUGAACAGCCUUCUGUGCCUAAAAGGGUUAUUCUCUCUCGUUCUGUCCUACGUGAAUUUUAUGAUCCAAAGUGACCAGCCGAGGACAAAUUGUGUCACAGAGUGUAGCGUCAUCAUCCUCAACGGCAGUUUUUAAUCUCUUUGGAAACUUUAUGGAAGCAACAUCUGUUCAGUUUAUCAAGAAUUAAUCGGUCUACAGUAUCUGAAACACUAGAGGUGAUGGGCAGAUAUUUGGUUUGUUAACUUUCUGUAUAUUCAUAAUUAUAUAUAUGUUCUUUAUGUGGUCAUAAGUGUUGAGUAUGCUCACAAUAAAAUACUAGUUCUACCAAUGUUUUGCAAUAAGCUUUAGCUUGUUUGGCGCUAUGACUUAAAGUCACGGUUUGAUUUUUUUUUUUUUUUUUUCUUCCAAAAGAAGAGUAUGUAGAAAGAAUACAUGGUUACUGCGGAACUUAUGUAUUGUUAAGUAUUGUGUGUAUAAUUUUUCUAUGUGGAUGGCCGAAGAAUAAAUAACCAAUAAACUUUUAAGGAAG